AUGAAAAAAAAGACAUUUGAUUUAUCAUUGGACGAUACAGAAUUAGAUGAUUCAGGUAUUGAAUCGGAUCAUCAACAUCAUAAUCAUCAAGAAGAACCAGCCUCACAAAUAUUGGAUAAAGAAUAUAUUUUACCUGAUAGAUCUAUUGAAUCACUGGUAUUUGGUGAUAUAAAGCCACCACCAGUAAAUAAAAAUCAUACAAAACCAAUUGAAAUCCAACAGGGCGGUAAUACAUCUAUUAAGUCAGCGGUAAAUGGUGGUGGUAAUACUAAUUUAAAUUUUAAAAAGUUUGAUAGAACUAUACCAUCAAGAUCAAAGUAUGGAAAUGUUGAUGAUGGAUUAUCAUUAAUGGCUAAUGAAAAUUUAAUCAAAAGUAUCAAAACAUUACAAAAAAUAAGUGGUACAGAAGUUAAUAUAUCAAAUUAUAAUAAUGAUAAUAAACGUUCAUUAGAUUCAUUAACAAAAUUAAAUAUGGAAUUAGUGGAAAAUAGUGAAUUAAAAUUAAAAUUUAUUGAAAAAAAUUAUAGAUUUCUUGAAAAUUUAUAUGAAGAUUUAACUAAAAAUUAUGAAUUAGAUAAAUCAAGAUUUCAAUUAAAACAACAAGAAUUUGAACAAAUAUUAAAACAAUGGGAAUAUCUUGGUGAUUUAUUAAAGAAGGAAUAUAAACAAGAUGGAAAUGAUGGUCCUGUUUCAAAUACACCACAAGAAUUGAUUCAAUUGAUAAAGAAUUCUUCAACCCCUGUUCAAAAUAGUAUAGAUAAAGAUGAAAUUAUUAAGAAACAAGAAAAGGAAAUUAAGGAUUAUAAACGUUUCAUCAAAGAAAUGAUGGAAAGAUAA